AUGGACCACUUCACCAAUCUUGUGCAAUUUUCUCAUAUCGAGCAAAAAGAUAGAGUAAAGGAAUUCAAGGAGAAAGCUGACGAAGUUUUCUUUGCUGAAAUUUUCCAAACAAUUUACAACGAGGUAAUGACAAUUAAGUAACAAAUGAGCAAUAAAAUAUAUCAGGUGAUAUCAGAGAGGCACAUCCACACGCCUUUUAAGUCAAAGGAACCCGAUCUGAUUCACUUGAAUCAUAUUCUUAACAAUGCGGAAACAGGUAUCAUCUACCUAUUUAAAUAACGUUAUUUUAGGAUUUUCAACGGACGAAAGCAUACUUCUUUCAAUGCAUUUCCAAAAACUGCUGAACAAGUACCCAUCGGAACACAUUCGAUUUUGGGGGAAAAUUUUUGGCUUUAAGAGAUCUUAUUAUAUCGCUGAAGCCCAGGAUUUUCAGGCGUGGCCUGUUGGAGAUGAAAAUUCGGACGUCCUUCAGACAUCAAAAACAAAAUCUCGGAAUGAGUUAAUAGACAUGUUGGAUUUUGAUGAGAAUGGAUUUCCGAUAGAGGGCCCGCCAAAGCCAUUAUGGAAACCACCACCGACCGUUCCGGUUGAAGCUCCAGGUCAAGGAGCAAAUAAGCAUGCAUACUUUGUGUUGAGCGAGUUUGGGUCCGACUGGGAAUUAUUGCCCGCAGUGGAACCCGAGCAGGUAGUCAAAACUUGAUCAGCUAAUCCACCAUCUAUUUUAACUUACCGUGCAUUUAUAAAUACUGCCAGUCAGAAGUACCGAAAAGUGAAUGCCAUUGUGUGAACAUUUAUACAUAAACGCGAACAAAGGUGAACCUUUGUUCGCGUUCGUGUAUAAACUAUUCCUGAAAUUCGAUCAUUCGGAUUAACGAAUUUCAGGAAUAGUUUAAACAAGGAUGAUAUAAACUUAUCAAAAUCCGAAAGCAUUUAUCAAGUUUAAGCUUCUAAAUCUAUCAGAGAUGAGUACAAUAACGACAACUAAGUUUUGGGGUCACUAUUCAAUCAACUGCCUGUUAAGCAGAUCUCAGCGGAUGCACAGACCUCAAUGCACUUUAACCAAACAGUUAUAUUAGCGACCGAGAGAUUGAAUUUGCAAAUUAUUUCGAAAUUUAUGACACUCCGUUUUGAUAAUUCGUCGUCUUGUCACACAUCUAACUUGCACAUGUGUACAUAGGAUCUUUGUUUGCGUCCAGCCUGGCCUGAACGAUUACAGUGACAACCUAGGCAUAAAAUGUGAGCGAUCAAAUUGUUUAUUGGUUAAGUGUAUUGGCUUUCAAGACUGCUGCACAUGACAGCGCUUGGCCGGUACACAAUUUUAACUUUCAGUCUACCGAGGGUGUAACCGGUCGCGUAUGCAGAUACAUGACGUUUCCUGAACGACCAUUUAACGGUAUUAAAAAAUCUCACAAUUAGAAACUUUUUUAAAACCGAGUAUACUCUUUUUUGAGUAUGAAAUUGGAAGAAGGCGUGAUUUUCUACCUACUAAGUAAAAGAAUGAAUAUUUGUACGCAUGUUUUCCAUUAAAUAUAAUUGAAUUUUUAAGGGCAUCGAAAAUCAAUGAGAAAAUUGCAUAGCAUAGAUCUUGCAUGCAGCCGAAAAUAAGUCCUUUCAAAAGCCGACACACUGAGGUAACUGGAUCAUUAUAGAUUGAUGCUGCAUCAUGAUUAGUUUUACAGCACUACUUAAUUUAUCUUUUCGUAACGAGAAAGCAUUUCGAAAUUUUGGUUGACAUUUCAUGAGUUGGCACAUCUACUGUAAAUUGGAUAUGGAGAACGAUACGAAUUUUGAGACCCCUCCUCAUCUGAAUUGCUUUUCCUUUUAUCACCUCCAUUUUUCGCAACCUAUUGCAUUCCCCUCCAAAAAAAACAAAAAAUUGGCUACUUGCAGCGCUUUGUUGACAUAACGGCAGACUGUGAAUUUAGAACUUAAUAAGGUCUAGGAAAAACCACGGAUGCUGCUGCGGUCACUUGAGUCCAUUUUGCGAGUAAUUCCGUCUUCUUGAUUGGUAUUGCGCUCACGAGGACGUUUACUGAUUCAGGUGAAAAUACUAUUCGUGGAGACCAAGUUUAGCGAAUAAUGUAGUACGACUUUGUAGGUCAAGUGACUCCUCAGCUUAAAGCCUUUUGGUCUAAAAAUCAGGUAAAACGCAGAAUGCUGACACAUUAAAAACAAGUGAGUAUCAAACGACAUUCGGCUACUACAUGUAUGAGUUUCACGCAGCAGUCGACUGCCUUCAGUUUCAAAAAUCAUAUACUGGGCCUUUAUGCAACCUUGUUUCUUCCUCAUCUGUUAAAUCAUCUCUAGCUGAUUAAGGAACUCCGAUUCCUCAGUCACGACAUUUAUACGUUAGCCUGCCAAAUGCUAUGCAUCUGUCGGUUAAUUUGCCUUGACGUAGAACAAACAUCGACAGAUCUGGUGGGACCGAAAGUUUUGCAGUGCGGUUUAAAAUGUUAGAAUUUUUCAUUUUCCACAAGUGGCUUCGAUUAAAGAUAUUCCUACGAUUUUCAGCGUUUGGACUUUACUUGUCACUCCAACGCAACAUUUUUUGCUGAACCAAGUAUUUUUUGGGUGGCUCUUUGUGGCUGACAUAGUUUGAACAAAACGUUAAAAGUUUAAAUCCUCUGAAAUCCUUGAAUAAUGAUAAGUUAGUUUAAGUUUGUGUAACAUUACAGUAAGUGAAAUAACUCAUGAAAUUUGUUGAGAUUUUCGAAUGAUUGCCAAUCACUCGCGAACUAACACCAUAUCAUGAGUCCGAUUUAUAUUUUAAUUAACUACAAGUUUAAGAGAAUAACAAACAUAAAAGAAUUGUUAAAGGCAGUGUUCCGUUAUUUAGAAAUGCCGAUUUACUUUGAAAAGCGCAAGAUCCUGAAAACGCCAGAAAUGGCUUUUAUUACGUAAAGUUCGUUUUUAGACGUACAGAAUGUAUUAUCAUAUCAAAAACGUACAAAAUAUAAAAAUAGACAUACAAUAACAUCCAUUAACGACGUUUUAGUGAAGUUUACAUCUAAACGUCGCUUAAUAAGUAGUGUUUUUGCAUAUAUGACGGUUUGUCAACUGCCCACAUUCUGAGCGCAGAUUCCAAAACAGCUUUCCAGUGAGUCCGCCUUUUUUAUUUGUUUGAAGGAACUGAGAUUGGUUUCAACAAGAAAAGUUGGAUUUUGUUUCAUUUCACCGAUGGGGAUUUCGUAGGAUCAAAAGUUUUCAUAAGGUGACAUGUCACGAGGCCGGUCGGUGUCUAAUAAAUUUAAAUAGGACUGACAGGCAGGUUGAUCAACAUGGUCAGCAUCGGACUUAAAAUAAAAUUCCAAGUUCGGCUAAAUCUGUUUAUUAAAACUCUUGCGACAAAUUACUAUAAUUUCAAUGAAAAAGUCGCUCAGAUGCGUAACCGGAGUCUAAGACAUGUAUUAGCAUAGGCAAUUGCACGAAUAUAAUCCAAAGUCCAUUUUAGCUAAAAUGUACUGAUAUAUUACUUGAUAUGAUUACGUAAGCACAAUUUCUGCACAAGAAAAGGACAUUUUAUUGAAGGAGGUGGAUGAGCGAGCAAAAUGCUUAACGUUGAACUCGUCCAAAAGUUUUCUCAUUAGUUUCCGUUUUCAGAUUUCAUGAGAUAGGUCAUGUACUGUAGUUUUCAUCUGAGCAACUAAAUAACGCAAUGUGCAAGUUUUUAUCCUUUACAAAUAAUGGGAAAGUCCUCCCUAACCAGAAGUAUUUUCAUGCAUAUUAACCACUGGAGUUGCUUUCUUGUGAUCUAACAAAACAGAUAAAGUGCGCACGGAAAAUCCGCCUGUUCUUUACUGGCGACUUGGAUGCAACUAUCAUCAGCUAUCCUCCCUUCCCCGGGAAAGAAAGGCAUCUUUUGAGAGCCCAAAUUGCAAGAAUAACUGCCGCCACGCUUAUUUCACCUAUGAACUUCUAUCGCUUUGACGAGGAAGAGGAAGAAUCAGACGAUGAGGAGGUACAUCAUGAACACUUUAUGGAAAAUGAAGAAUACGAACCGCUGACGGUUGCAGAGCUUGCGGAUCCCAGCGUCACCAAUUGGGUUCACCAUGCACCCUAUCUUCUGCCUCAGGGACGCACUAAAUGGUUAGUGUAG